AUGCUGGGGGCCAUGUUUAGAGCUGGUACUCCCAUAUCUGCCAAUGGCAACCCUCAAGGAGGUGGCCACUACUUCAUCGACCGCGAUGGCAAGGCCUUCCGCCACAUCCUCAAUUUCCUGCGACUGGGCAGACUGGACCUGCCCCUUGGGUAUGGAGAGACAGCACUUCUCAAGGCAGAAGCUGACUUCUACCAGAUCAGGCCACUCCUGGAUGCCCUGAGAGAACUGGAGGCCUCUCGGGGGACACCUGCACCCACAGCUGCCCUGCUUCACGCAGAUGUGGAUGCCAGCCCCCGCCUGGUACACUUCUCUGCUCGCAGGGGCCCGCACCACUAUGAGUUGAGCUCUGUCCAGGUGGACACCUUCAGAGCCAAUCUCUUCUGCACUGACCCAGAGUGUCUGGCUGCCAUGAAGGCCCGAUUUGGUGUGGCCAACGGGGACAGGGCAGAGGGGGGCCCACAUUUUCACCUGGAGUGGGCCCCUCGCCCCACAGAGCUCCCCGAGGUGGAGUAUGAGAGACUGGGCCUGCAGCCCUUGUGGACUGGAGGGCCAGGAGAGCGGCGCGAGGUGAUGGGGACACCAAGUUUCCUGGAGGAGGUUCUUCGCGUGGCUCUGGAGCACGGCUUCCGCCUGGACUCUGUCUUCCCUGACCCUGAAGACCUGCUCAACUCCCGAUCUCUGCGCUUUGUGCGGUGUUGAGGAUGUGGCGCUCAGCUGCUUGUGGGGAAGAGACCCAAUGGGGCAGUUGGUGGGGGUAAGGACUCCCCCUAAAGCCUCUUUCUAGCUCUAGUGUGGAAGCUCUGAGGGUCGGGGGGGCCCACUGCACCUGACUGGAGCCCAGACGUGGGUUGGAAUUCCAAAACCUGAGUUUACUGAGGGCUCACAAGUGAUCCAAGGGGUCUGGACUGGUGUUAUUCUGCGGUGGGGUGGGGCAGGGAAGAUUCUCUUGGUUUGUUCUUACUUGAGGCUAGAGACCUCCAGUAUCUCUGUUGAAGCUCAGUAUUCAGAGGUCUACAAAAGUGGGAAACACAUCUCUGCCCAGCCUAGACCUGGGCAAAACCCUGGACAGACACUGAGAUCUGAGGGAAAGGGGAUAAUUUGAAUUACCUUGAUGUGGGGUCUCCUGGACUGAGGCUUUUCCUCUUGGAGCUGAAUGGCUUGGUGUGGCCAAAGAGACCCCAGAACUCUCUGGAACACAGAAAGGGAGGUUGUUGGUGUCUCAAGCCACCUACUGAGGGUGACAGCAAGACCUCCAUAGGUUGACAUAUGGGAGGUAGGAACAAGGCCCCUGAAGUGUCCCUAUUUUGAAGGUAGAGUUUACUACAGGGAGAAGCUGGUUUCUUUUUCAUGGCCUUCAUAGGUGUGUGCAUGUCAGCCAGUGUCUGACUAAUGUGUGGGUCCUUAGCAACCACUGACUACAGUGUCUACGUGAUGGUCCUUGUGUGGUCCCUGCAUGUCCAGGCGUGUUUGACGUUGCCCAGCAACUCUUCUGGCCGGGUUUAUCUGUGGUGUGAAUGUAAGUAGAUUAAGAUUUAGUUUAAUCAUAGGGUGUGUGUGUAUGCGUGCAUGUGUGUAUGUGCCUGAAUCACCGUGUAGGCAGGAGGGGCCUAUUUGUCUGUGAGUCACUAAGAUCUUCCUGUGAGAAGUAAAAGAAGUCACUGGGCCUAGCUGGGCCUCUGAGACCUGUAGAGAAUGCUUGGUUGCCCCAGCAACCAUGGGCCUGUUGCUAGGAGAUAGCUGGGGGAAGGCCCAAGGCUGCCCUGGGCACACAGAAGAGGCAAAGAGUUUGGGAGCGUGGGGGAGGAUCUGGGAAUGGAUGGAAUCUCUGAGUUCCUGAGUGGAUGGGAUGCACAUGCAUGAUUUCUUCACUGAAGGGGAAUUCUCAUUAUUUAUCACUGACUGUCAUAAGAAGAAAAAUAAAAGUGCUUUCUGAGCUACACACUUGUAGGGACCCCAUCCCCCUUGCAA